AUGAAACAUGAAAUCAGUGAGAACUUUUCCUAUAUUGAUAAUCACCCUGGUUAUGUAUAUAUGGAAGAAAUGAGAAAUGUAGACGAAUCUGAAUCUUCUGAUGCUAGAAUUAGCCGGUUAGAAAGAAUGGUCAAAGCCUUAACCGAACCUUUGAGACAACAACAACAAAGGCAAAUACACGUACCUGAACUAACUAAUUCUGAUAUGAUAACACUGACACAGAAAUACAAUAAAAUGAAGCCUCUAGAAUUUAUGGAGGGUAUUGAACCGUUAAAAGUUGAGGCUUGGGUUUUAGAAACUGAGAACAUAUUUGAAGUAUUUCCGUGUACUGAGGCACAGAAAGUUUUGUUAGCAACAUUCACACUCAAAGAAGAAGCUAGGAGAUGGUGGAUGUUAGUACAUAAUGAUAAUGAAGUGGCUGAAUACAAGGCAAAAUUUACUGAACUAGCUCAAUAUGCACCCCACAUGAUAGAUAUAGACUACAAAAAAGGUAGAAAAUUUGAAGGCGGGCUUGACCUAGAUGUGUAUGACGAAGUGGGCAUUUCAAAGUUGUCAAAGUAUGUGGACAUUCUUGACAGGGUCUUAAUGUCCAAGGCAAACAUAACAGCGUUGAAAAUAUCAAAUCAACAUCAUCAACUGAAUUAG